UAAUUGUCGUACGUGUAAUUAACUUUAAAAAAACUUCGAUGAACAAUAUAUUAAGUCAAACAGUGGAGGAAUGUCGAAGUAAGACUCCAAAUGAAAAAUGGCAAAGAUCGUGAAAGGAUCUGACUCGUUGGCCACGAUUUUGAUAUGCGAAUACUGCGCUAACCUUACGUUCAAGCAAAUAGAAGAUUUUAUAAGACACCUGAGAGAUCAGCAUUGCUCUAGAGAAGGAGGAUCUUUUGUGUGUCUUUAUGGUUAUAAUGGAGUAUGCACUAGUCUUCCAGUGGAGGGUGUUUCUGACAAAGAUUACAUAGCACAUGCUACCAAGCACGCAACAAUGCAACAGCAACGUAAGAGCAAUGGCCAAUUGUCAGAGCCAUCUUCAUCAUGGACUGUAUAUUCUGCUGCACAGAACUUACCAGCUGUUUUAAAUGACCCGUUCAAAGGAAAGCAAAGUAAUUUUUUAACUCGUACAUGGGGAGAUGGAUUUAUAGAAAAAGUUGAUAUACCAAAAAGUCCUUACCUUCCUGAAGUUACUAUGCAGCAUUUUGAAUCGUAUUUAAAGAAGAUUGCCAGGAGAUACAGAAAACAUUCUCGUAUGAAUUCAAAUACCAAUAGACCAACUACGCCUAAUGAAUUAUUGCAAAAUUUUCCAAACUUAAGAAAAGUUAAGUCACUAGAUCGAGUGCAAUUUGAUUUAACUAGUAUUCCAAAAAUUUUUUUAACACCUAACCUGGAUCUUUCUCAGAAAGAUAACUUGUAUGCUGUAUUUCCAUUUGCAAAAAAUGGAUUGUUAAAUGAGGACUCUAAUAUUGUCAUGCAUGUAAAACAAAUGCAAGAAAAGUUAAGUCACUAUUUAGAUGUUGUGGAAGUUAGAAUAGCAGAACAGGUUGCUUCAAAAUCUCAAGCAUUUUUUCAUGCUAUGACUUCUCAUGAUGCCUUAAUGGAGCAACUUACACAAACUAUCACUGUUCUCAAAGCUCUUAGGAAAAAUAUACACCAAGUUGAUACACAUCUAGUCAAUGAUUCCUUAGAAAUAUUAAGAUUAGAGCAAGCAAGAUCUAAUCGAAUGUUAGUUCAAGAAAAAUUAAAGCUUAUGGCUACAGUUCAUCAAAGUCAACCAAUGAUACAAUUACUUUUGUCCACCCCAGAUUAUGUUGCCGCAUUGGAUCUUAUUUCUACAACGCAAGAGAUACUUUUGCAAGAGUUAAAUGGAGUGCAUAGUUUUAGACAUCUGAGUUCUCAGUUAACAGAAAUGGAGAAACUGGUAGAUAAAAUGUUGUCUACAGAAUUCCAAAGAUAUGCGACCGCAGAUCUAAACAGACCAUUAGGCGGUGAAAACAAUGUUCUGGAUGGUGAUAAACUUGUUUCCAUCAUUUCUGGUCUUCUGCGGCAAAAGCAUUUUCAAUUUGUGGAUACUUACAAAGAAGAAGCCGUAACCACAGUCAGAGCUGUAACUAAGCAGAGGGUCAUAGAGGCUUUAGCAGAGAGCGACUGUUGCAGUGAUCAACAAGCAGCUGCUUUGGAAGUUGGUGGGCUUUCCCUAGCAGAGAGGUUAACACUUCUUCAUAACACAAUACAAUCUUUGACAUUUCUUCUCAUACGUGUAAAGGCUGUUCAUGAUGUCAUGCGAGACACAGUAGAUCUUGCAGCUGGCCGAGUCUGUGAUGGUUCAUUCGAUGAUACCAUACCCGAUCGAUUACUAACUCGAGCAGAGAAUUCGCGAGUAACGACCAAACUCAAUGAUAUGAUAACUUCGGUUUGUGAUUAUUGUCAUGAACGAAUGGGAAAUCUGCUUUCUGCAGGUGCGAGUGAUAAAGAUAAGUCUCAAAACGAUAAAGAGAAAACGAAUAGCGAGAACACGAAUAAUAAGCAAGAAGAAAAAGAUUGCCAAAAUUGGAACGACAAGUCCUCCUGGUUGAGUAAACGGGCAACCUCGGCCCAAGUAUGUCAGUUAGCCAAUUUGGUCGAGGAAUUCACAGAAACGUGUGAGAAACUUUGUGGCAAGCAGUGUACAGCAUUGCGAUCUGCAUUUAAGGCACAAGCUAGCAAGUUCAUUCAAAGAUUUCAUACAGAGCUUAAAACAAAACUUACGCUUUUGUUGGAGUCUGAAAGGUGGAAACAGGCUGAUGUACCAUCCGAAUUUCAAUCCUUAGUAACUUACGUGUACGAAAACAAAAAUUUUCCAGCUAAUCAAUUUAAGCAUGAAGACAGAACGAAAGAUGACAUUAUUCAAAAUUUUAUUAUGGUAGGAGAUGAGAAGUACGCCGUUGUUGGCACGGCAUUGAUGCUCAUACAAAUGAUUCAUGAGUAUUGCAGGACCGGUAGUGAAUUGAUUGCACUGUCUGGAACAAUUGGGAGGCACUUGGCUGAGUUGUUACGACAUUAUAAUUCACGUUGCUGUCAACUUGUACUCGGCGCUGGCGCGAUGCAAGUUGCUGGCUUGAAAACAAUUACAAGCACGAUAUUGGUAUUAGCUGCGCGUAGCUUGAAGCUAAUUUUGUGGAUCAUGCCUUUUGUAAAGCUGCACUUUCAAUCGUUGGCGGAGCAAAAUCCUAGUCGUGGAUUUGGUUCCUCUAAUAUAAGUGGCGGUGUUGCUUUAUUGGAUAGCGUUGAAAGGGACAUUCGCGCACAUGUGAAGGAAAUUGAAGGCAAGAUUCUUACUAUUGUCGAUAAUUUGCUGGGUGGUCAAAUAUCAAAGUGGACCGCAAGACCUCCAGUACCAUCGAUUUCAUUUAGAAACAUUUCUAACUACUUAAUGAAGUUGCAUGAAGCUGUUUCCGGAAUUUUGCCGGCAGUUGAAGUACAAAUCUUGUAUCGUACAGUAAACACAUCUUUCAAAGAAAAGCUCACAGAACAGUUAGUCAAAAUGAAUAUAGUGAACAACGGUGGUCCACAACACGGCAUAGUCACAUCCGAACUUACUUUUUAUCUCGAGGCAUUACGAAAAUUGAAGGUAUUGCCUACUAACGAGUUGGAUGACGACUGGAUGACUGACAUAUGGACUAGAUAACAUGCAGAGCGUGUGAUAUAUUGCAUAAUAAAGGCGAUGAAGUAUUGCCGAAAGAGGUGACUAAUUUUUCUUAUCGUCUUCCUUCGCUGGCAUCAUGAUAGUCCCGACGACUAUUAACGUUUCGAUAGAUUUUUAAGAUACGGUAA